AAAAAAAAUUAUAAAAUCAUAAUUCAUAAAAAUAUUGUACAUUUAAUUUUCUCUAGAAUAUUACUUUUUUGUGAUGUCACAUACAGUACAGAAAAUAAAUUAGGAUUUUGUUUUUUACAUGUAAAUGAUUCUUGGUUUCGUAAUUUAAGUACCUUUUUGUGCUAAAUAACAAACAUGUUGCUUGUGUUUCUAUAAAAGUUUACACUAGACAUUGCAUAACAUGCUUUGGUCAAUCUCAGACACCUUAAACAAAAAGUGUAAAAGCAACAGCAAAAAAGCAAAUACUAUAUUAUUAUACUAUGUUAUGUAAUUUUCUACUUGCAGUGUUUUACAUGUAAAAACCAACAAAAACCAUCUCCAAUGCUUUUACUGUUGAUUGCUCGUUAGUUACAGGGAGCAUGCACAAAUAUCCAGAUAAAUUGUGAUAGAAAACCAACUAAUAUGGUUUUUAAUAUUACCAUGUUUAUAUCCAUUAUAGUAAGAUAUGACCGUGUACUGAAUAAUAUGAAUUCCUGAUACAUGAUGGGUUAUUAUUCGCGAUGCAGGCAUACAAGAAUACACGACGGACCCUCUAUUCACGCCUUUCUACGUUUUAAAUAGAGGAGAGAUGUUCCACGAUGAUCCCACUGUUUUCCUGCCGUCCCGCCCACGGUCAAUUUUGAUUGGUCAAACCCAGAAACUACUAAAGAGGUUAUUGGCUGCUCUCCUGUCUGCGUCGUGACAUCAUGUGACAGGUCCGUAGGAGGUUUCCUGUAGGUUUAACCAGGCAGUGUGGGUUUACAACGAGGAAAGCGGAGACACUAUUACAAUGAAUCUGUAAAUAAAAUCAAACCAAUCUUGUGGAGACAUGAGACUCGCUGUUUACGCGUUUUGCGGCUUUGCUCUGGGGCUUUUGCUCGUGGGUUUGCGGGAACUGUUGUUUGGUUUCGGGGAGAACCGAUGCAGCAUGACAUACAUGUUCGAGUACCCAGAAUACCGACGUGUGCUGCUCCCGAAGCGCGUCGCGCGCCAGUACCCAUCAUACGGCCUGUAUCUGUAUGGAGAGGGAGCAUACGCCCAGGAGACCAGAGGACUCAAGCUAACCGGUGCUCCGGUGCUCUUCCUGCCUGGGAACGCGGGCAGCUACAAGCAAGCUCGUUCUCUGGGUUCGGUGGCAUUGAGGAAGGCUGAGAACCUGGACAGACGAAUCCAUAUGAACGUAUUCACCAUUGACUUUAAUGAAGAGCUGGUGGCCCUGUAUGGGGGCAGUUUGCACAGGCAGACUCAGUUUCUACAUGAAAGCAUCAAAGCCAUCUUGCGCCUUUACAAGGAUCGUCCAGACCCUCCCACGGGUGUGGUUCUGGUGGGUCAUUCCAUGGGUGGAGUGGUGGCGAGAGCGUUGUUCACCCUGGCACGUUUUAACCCACGCCUCGUCAGCCUCAUCGUCACCCAGGCCUCACCCCACCAGGCACCUGUCCUGUCUCUGGACCCUUAUAUACUGGAGUUUUACUCUACAGUCAGGCAUCGCUGGGCCAGAAAUGCUGAAGACCUUCGUAAUGUAACCGUUCUCUCUGUGGGUGGUGGUUACCUUGACUUCCAGGUACGCUCUGGUUUGACAGCGCUGUCCUGCCCCGUCGAUGACCUCAAUAAGAUGUCAGUAGUGGCGACUGCGGUUCCCCGAAGCUGGGUUUCCACAGAUCAUAUUUCCAUCGUUUGGUGCAAGGAGCUGGUUUUGGCCACAGUCCGGGCAUUCUUUGACCUUAUUGAACCUGAAACAGGGCAGUUCACAGAGAGUCCUGAGAAGCGGAUGUCAGUGCUGAACUAUCACUUCUUUAGACACCCAGUGCUGCAGCCUGGAGGGGCACAGGAUGCCCCCGUCACUUUCACAGCUCCUCCUGAGGCGUGGAAGGAGGUCAACACACUCCGUCUGUUCUACAGUGCCCCCAAGGAAGCUCAAGUCAUGUACUUCCUGUUUGCUCUCUCCAGUCGAAGGAAAGCCUACAGUCAUUUCCACUGCCGCAGUAAUAAUAUGGAAAUGACCAGCUGGUUGUAUGGCUGUACACAGAUGAGUGGUUCAAUGUGCGUUCAAGCAGUUGAUCUCUCAUCUCAGACAGAACUUCUUCCGGCCUAUAAGGCCAUUACAAUGAAAAUCAGCCAACUUUUGUCUGUCUCUCAUCUCAUUAUUGACGCCUCAAACCCCAGUGGAACGGAGUUUGUAGUGGAGUGUGAGCUGCAGAGAGAGGAGAGCUUGACUGUCUCAGUGCAGGUGCCUCAUGUGCUGUCCUUUGGCCUGACUGUAAGUGACGUCAGCAUUAACUCCUCUGGGCUGCUUCAUACGCUACAGCUGCAAGACUUUCAUCAGGUCUAUCAAGCUUUCAGAAUAACAAUAAUGAGUCACUGUAAAACCACUAAAGAAAGACUGCCCAGUGUGUACAGACUGAGGGUACCUUGGUUUCUUGAAGACUCCUUUGAUACAGCAAGUAUUCCUUCGGUAUCUGACAUCUACAGCAUGCUUCACACCAGCCGCCCAGACAACUCCUCCAGUGCCCUCCUGCAACUCCACACUGCCCCCAACUGUCAAUACAAGGUUUCUAUUCGGACGUCGUUUCCCAAAGUGCUUGGGCAGAUUCUGCGUUUCUGUGGUCCAGUCCUGCCUGUUUACUCGGCUGUAGUGCUUCUUCUGAUGAUCAGGGCUCAGCUGAGCUCCAUCAAAACAUCUGGACAUCCUGCUGGAAUACAAGAGGGCAUUUGUAAAUCAUUACAGCUUCACAAACUGGAACUGCCCGUCCUCCUGCUGCUGCUGCUGCUCAGGCAGAGCUGGUUUCAGGAUGUGUGGUCCUCUCUGGGUCUCCCUGCAGUAGAUGCUCUUCCUUUAAACUCCGUGGAGGGCCUAUCCCAGGAUUCGAAGGCCUCUGUACAUGAAUGGCCCCGUAUAGUGUCCCCACUACUGUGUGUGCUCGGUGCAUCCAUUGCGUUCUGGGGUAGUGCAGUCCUCAGAGUGUUUGUCUGCUUCCUCUCUUUUUUUCUUGCUCCAAUGCACAGACCGUCAGUGUCUCGGGAUUGCGGCACACUUCGUCUUCAUUCUCAGAUUCUCCUGAUUAUCUUUCUAAGUGUGCUGGGAGGCGUCACAUGUGGAGCGCUGGCUCUUACGGUCUCCUCUCUUCUCCACCUCUACAGGGUGCUUAGAUUACAGAUGACAGAGAGGUCACUGAGCCACAUGUUGAACCUGGCGCCUCCGAAAGUUUCACAAAAAUCAGAAAAUGGUUUCCGUGCCAGCGACGCUCACAGUAAGGUUAACGAAUGUAAUGGCAGCCCUUUACUGACAGAAUCAGUGCUACAAGACGUCAGGGAUGAUCUGCAGCUCCACUUUAGUCUGUCCACACUGCUUAUUCUCGCCAUGAUGCUUAGCGUCCCUUCCCUUAUCCACUGGAGGCACAAUCUCAGAUAUUGGGUUCAUCUGGAUCCUGACCCCUGCUGGCCUCACAUUGUACCUCUGCUCAUCAGCUCUGUUCUGCUCAUCAACUGCAACACAGAUACACUCCUGCGCAGCAAACUGAUGCUGAAUCUGACUCUUCAUCUGCUGGUGCCGCUGUGUGUGGGCAUGCUGGCUUUUUGUCCGCUGCACCUUUACAGAGUCACUUAUUUCCUGUCUGCAGCUCUGACCCUCAUGGUUUGUUCUUGCUACUUUUGACCUCCCUGUAAACUUUAAAUGUGAGUCUGCACUGAGAUUAAAACAAGACAUGGGCUUCGCAUAAAUUCAGACCAGAUCUAGACCAAAACAGCCUUAGAACCCUGUGUGUGUUCACAUGGACUAUUGACAUCAGUGGACCAGCACACCCAGAGUCAUGUGACUUGUGGUUUGUCAUUUUGUAGCUUCUGUACAGGGUAUUAUACUUGUUAAUGGUGGUAUGUCUGUAUUCAUGAGCAAUACCUUGUUUUGUAAGGCUAGUUUCCCAGACACCUUAAGCCUCGGCCUGAACUACACUACGUCUAAGACUGUAUUCAAUCAGUAUGUGUGUGAGAAACUAGCCUAUACUGGUGUGUGUUGGUGUGUGGGAGUGUAGAUGUCUGAUUUAGUGUUAAUUCGUCAACAUGAAGUCUUAAUUGAUAGGGGUUUAUCAGUAUCAUUUCUGUUUUCAGUGAAUGCUUUAUAGUUUGUUUUUUUAUAUACAAUUAUUUAUUUAUUAAUUUAUCGGUAUUCAGUAUAUUUUUUUUUUUUUCAUAUUCCGUAUUGCACAUUAUGAUUUUGGGACGCCUACAAUUCAUUUGUAGAAUUUCAUUUGUAAAAAUGGUAUAUUUUGUAUUUUAAAAGCCACGUUAUGGUUAUCAGCCGUAACAAUUAUCAUUUAUCCAUAUAAGCCAGAAUUUUAAAAAUGGUGCCCUUUCAGUUGACCCUAUUUACUUCCUGAUCUCGUGCAUGCUAUUCUGAAGAUUUGUUUUUUAAAAUUAAGAAAUUGAGCACUCCAUCUACAUUUGCUCCAAUCCAAAUACACAUUCAUUAUUUUAUUUCAUAUAUUAAUUCAGAUCACAGUAGUGUUGAUAGCGACUGAAAAGUCUAUAGUUUCAUAGCAAAUGCAUUGUAAAACCACUCUGAACUGUAUUGUUUGCCCUACAUUAACGCUAUCCCUUUCUUUUUCUGGCCACUGUAGCCUCUGAUUUACAGUUUCAAAACUUUUGAAUCGCAUUACAGCAUUAUUUAACAAUUUUGUUAGUUAGGGAGCUGCACGAAACUGCUAGCAUGACAUCCGAUCGAGCUUUGCAGCUCUUGCAAUCGUAUGCGCAUCUGACAUGUCACAUCACGGAAGUAAAAUGGGUUACAAAAUGCAUUUUCAUGUUGACUUUGAAGGAUGUACAAGCAGCUUUAGGUGUUUGUUUGCUUUUGUGCCGUUUACGUGCGAGUGUGACUGGAUCUCUUUGCCUGUUCUAUCUUCGAUCUGUCAUUUCUGCCUUAAGCCGUUUAGCUUUGAAUGCACAUGUAAUGCCUGUAGGUGCUGGAGUACCUCUGUGUUAGACAGAUCUCUUCUUAUUAACACCCUUUUGCAUUAGCCGAAGCUGUAAGGCAAGUCUGAGUAGCAUAGCAUUCCGUCUGGAGAUGUUAUCCCGAGGUUAUGUGUCACGAAACCGGACUGACAAGCAAUAUGUUUUUAUAUCGGUGUGCACAAUUUGCGGUGUUGAAAAGACACCGCCGUUUCAUUUAAGGUUAUAGCGUCUCUUAUAACCUGAGACACGUUAUUAGAAACACUGCCACAGUCACAGUAGCCAUGAGAUUGUUGCUGUCUGCACAGCUUCUUUUUUUUUUUUUUUUUACUGUAACGUUUGAUGAAUGCUGUUGAUGGUCCAUGCCUCACACAUUGCUCAGCAGCCUCCAUCUGAUCCGUCAUCAUUUGAUCCGCUCAUGACGGCUUGAACUCUGAUUCAGGACAGCUUACCCGGAGAGCUGAAAUUAUUCUUGGUCAUCCUGAAUCGAAUGAGAGAACGGUGCCUUUCUUGUAAUAUGCCCCUGCUUCUCUGAUAUUCGCGAUUGAACUUUCUCGUCACUGAGGACGGAUGUUUGUCAGUCCAUCCAAGUAGUCUGAUAUUUAAAUCGGAUGUCCUCCUCUUACAGGAUGUAAUUGACCAAAAACACACAAUCGUGUCUCUGCACUGUGAAUGUACUUGAAUGUGCGUUUGAAUCAUUUUGCGGUGAGCUUUGAUGUUUGUUGUUUUUACGCUGCGUUGCAAUCUUGCUCUGCCUCAUGCUAAAUUUAAGCUUUUUUUUUUGUGGUGAAAGUGUGAAAGGCUGCCUCUUUUUCUAUCAAUACGAUUGUUUUCAUUGGUGUUCACUGUGAUGUGCCACAAUAUUUGGAGGCCAGGAUCUGAUUAUAUGUCUCAAAGCAAGAACUGCUAAUUCAGGGCCAGAUCUGUCCUGAUUAUGUAACACUGAAGCCAAACAGAUCCAACAGCAACUCUUUAACACUGCAGCAAUGACAGCAAUGUUUGUAUUGAUGUUAGUAAGGCUUCUGCUGUGAAACCGUAAUGAGGAAUUAGCUCGUUUUGUUAAAUAGAGUUGUUAUGUGGUUAAUAGCUCUGCUGUAGCAGCUGAUUGAUGGUAAAGACCCUUAGAAUUAGUUUUUCACUAACAUUUGAAAGUUUGGGGUCAGUAAUAUUUUUCGUUUUUACAUUUUUAAAAGACAUGAAUACUAUAUUCAGCAAGAAUGCAUUGAAUUGAUCAAAAUCAUGUUAAAAAAAGUGUAAAAUUCAGUUUUAAAUAAAUCUUGUUUUUUUUUUACUUUAGUCAUCAAUAAAUUCUUUUAAUAAAUAAUAAUGGAAUAAGACAUUUUUUUUUUCAACAUUUGUGAUAAUAAGAAAUGGUUCUUGAGCGUCAAACCAGCAUAUUAAAAUUAUUUCUGAAAGAUCAUGUGACCAUUAAAGAAUGGAGAAUAACUGCUAAAUAUUCUGCUUUUCCUUUUUAGAACAUUUGAAUUUAAUCUCAUUUUAAAUUUUAUUUAAUAGAAAAUAUUUGUUUUAAAUUGUAAUAAUGUUUUUUUGUUUGUUUGUUUUUUGUUUUGUUUUUAUCAAAUAAAUGCAGUCUUGAUGAAGAUGAGGAAAAAAGUUACUGACCCUAAACUUCUGAACAGUAUUGUAUGCUAUAACAGGCAACUAAAUUAAAACCUGAAAGUGUAACAGAAAUAUGAUGUUAAGAUAUGACUUUUUAAAUGGUUAAAAACACAAAAUUUUUACAUAAUAAAAAGCUAAUUAUGAAGCUAAAAAAUGGUUCAAACAUUCUGAAGAUUUUGUAUGUAUAUAUCUGUUAAGUAUAUUAAUGUAUUAACAGGUCAGUAUAAAGGGAUAUUAACCUGAAAACCUCAGACAAAACCGUAAUCCACCUUUUUAGUGAAAAAAUAUUAGAUUAGAGGGAAUUUAAGUCUACAAGCCUGCACAUUCAACAGACAUAUUCUGUGACAAACAUAAAUCCAGUAUUUCUGUUGGUUUUGAGUAGGGUUUCAGACUGGGCUAUAGUUUAGCUGUGACUGUUUUUUUUUUUUUUUUUUUUUUUUUUAUAUAUAUAUAUAUAUAGUAUGCAGCUCACUGCCUCAUGAACCUAAAUGCUGUUGUGCUUUAAUAUAUUUGCAGUGACUCACUCAUUACAGUGACUCGUCUGUUAUAAAUAUCGUAAGGAGUUGAUAUUACUUCUGAUUUGAAAUCAUUAAUCAGCAGUUGUAAAUUGCUCACAAUAAACCUUUUUUUUUUUUUUUUUUUUUUUUUUUUUUAAGUAUAAUUUACUAAAAUGUUUACUAAGAGAUCUAGUUCAAGUGUGAUUAUAGUGCCGUUUUGCUUGGUUUGUGGUGCUUUUGUAAUUCACUCAUGUGCAGUGACUAUGAAACUGUAAGAGUGUAAAUGAACAUUUGUCAGUGCUUCUUUUUUUACUUGUAUGUGAAGCACCGUCUAUCAGCACAUUUAUGCUAACAUGUUAGCACUUCUUUCGGCAGUCAGACUGAUUUACCAUCAUUGGCUUGCACCUGUUUGGCCAAAAAGCAGCGUCACUGUGAUUCGGUUGUGAUCAUUGUUUUCUUAAUACAGUGAUUAGGGCAGUCCGUGCUUUAUUUCUGUUGUUAUUUAAUAUACAGAUGUGCUAGAAAGUGUCGGAGAUGUUGUUGUGUACCUGCUUUGUAAUUAAGAUGUUACGAAGCAGGAUGACGAGGUAAAUGCUCGUUUAUCUCUAAGCUUUGUAUAUGGUGAAAUAACAAACUGAUCAUUCUCAGGUUAAAUAAUGUGUUGUGGAGUCAGUGGCUUUUAGUGCGUAUAUAUAUCUUGACAUGUUGUUUUACACAAAAAUAUGUGCAAUUUUUGAGCACUACUGCAGUUCCAAUAAAAAUUGUUUACUCAGAGUUGAUUGAACA